AUGCUUAUUGGUUUAUGUGGAGGCAUAUGCUCUGGCAAGCAUGCCAUUGCAAAAUACUUGACUCAACACCAAGGCUUUCAUUUGCUUGGACUGAAAAAUAGAAACUAUUCCCAGAUAAAUGACGAGCCAGGAAAUCGUGUUCAGUUACAAUCCUCCGAGGCCAGCGGACAGGGUAAUACGGCGUCACCGGAGGUAGUAUUUGAGAAUGUCGAUUUGCUUUUAGAAUUCGUAACCAAGAGAUGGCGGGAAUGCUGGGUCACAACCGACAUCUGGGAUGGCGCCACGUUGGAUCGCCUCAUUCAGCGACCUUUCUUUCUCCUCGUGAGUGUUGAUGCACCGGUUAGUCUCCGAUGGAAGCGGUUCACGGACAGAUGCCGGGAAAGACAAAUCGAGCCUCCCGCUCUCGAAGAAUUUGUUAUUUGGAACGAUAGGCACUUGUAUGACAGGGAUAUCGGACGUGCUUAUUUGACUGAUCGAGCGCAAGCUCGAUUGUUUAAUUCAUCGUCGUCCCUUGACGAAUUGCAUGCUGCUCUAAAGACACUUGACCUAGCUGACGAGCAACGUUUACGGCCAAAUUGGGACCAGUAUUUUAUGCAGCUUGCAUCUCUUGCUGCACAGAGGAGCAAUUGCAUGAAGAGGAGAGUGGGAUGCGUCCUUGUUCGAGAACGUCGCGUCAUCAGUACGGGGUAUAAUGGGACCCCUCGGCAUCUGAAGAAUUGCAAUGAAGGUGGAUGUCCGAGAUGCAAUUGUGGUACAGGGGGAGGCGUUGGCCUUUCGACCUGUCUUUGUAUCCAUGCGGAAGAAAAUGCGUUGCUAGAGGCUGGAAAAGAGCGUAUACGAGAGGGAGCAAUCCUUUACUGCGACACUUGCCCUUGCCUGACCUGCACUGUCAAGAUUGCCCAGGUCGGGAUCUAUGAAGUUGUAUAUUCACAGGGCUACAAUAUGGACCAAGAGAGUGCCGCAAUUCUUGAAUCUGCCGGUGUGCGAUUGAGGCAAUUCUCUCCACCUCGGAAUGGACUUAUCUAUCUUCAAAACUUGGAGAACAAUAAGCCCGAAUAA